AAUUAAUUAACGCGGAGCUAAGUUCAACGAUGACGUUUUGAGACACCAAACAAUGCAAGAGCAGACCGCGCACUGUAAAACAAAAAGCAUGUUUCUGUCCCGGGCUCUUGAGAAGAUCCUUUCCGACAAGGAGGUGAAGCGAGCUCAGCACUCGCAGCUCAGGAAAACCUGCCAGGUAGCUCUCGAUGAAAUAAAAGUCGAGUUGGAAAAACAAAAAGAUGGCUCAGUGGUUGUGCCCAAAGCCAGCUUUAUUGAAGCGGAUAAGUACUUUCUCCCGUUUGAGUUGGCGUGUCAAUCCAAAUCUCCCCGUAUGGUCAGCACAUCUCUGGACUGCUUGCAGAAACUGAUAGCAUAUGGUCACAUCACUGGCAAUGCCCCAGACAGCGGGGCUCCAGGGAAGAGGCUGAUAGACCGGAUUCUAGAGACCAUUUGCAAUUGCUUCCAAGGACCUCAGACAGACGAAGGGGUCCAGCUGCAGAUCAUUAAGGCUCUUCUCACUGCGGUGACUUCUCCCCACAUUGAAAUCCACGAAGGGACCAUCUUGCUGACUGUCCGGACCUGUUACAACAUCUACCUGGCCAGUAGAAACCUCAUCAACCAGACCACGGCCAAAGCCACGCUCACGCAGAUGCUCAAUGUCAUCUUUGCCCGAAUGGAAAGCCAGGCGGCAUUGGAAGCAAGAGAAGUAGAAAAGGAGAGGCUGAGGCAGCAGCAGUCUCCAGUGAUGCCGUCUGUCUCAGACUCGCCCAGACUCACUCGGGCACAGCCUCCGGAGCAGCCUGACACCCCAGAGACCAGCGCAGAGCAGGAGAACGGAGAGCAGGAGAACGGAGAGCAGGAGAACGGAGAGCAGGAGAACGGAGAGCAGGAGAACGGAGAGCAGGAGAACGGAGACUCGGAGCCAGAGAAUGGGGCAGUCCAGAACGAGGCUAACUUGGGGCAGGAGGCCAAAUUACCAGAAAAUCCAGAAGCAUCGUAUGAAGAAGAAAGCCAGACUGCUCGGGGUGCUCCGGUGCUAGUGGAGGAGGAUGCUGGGACAGUGAUGGACAAAGGUUCAGAGGAGCAGCCAGUGGAAAUGGAAAUGGAAAAGACUGUUCCAGAAACAGAAAACAAAGACACAGCCCCCUCUGCUGGAAGAACCGAAGCUAUUCAAGCAAACGGCAUCCUUGAUGACCGAGCCUCUGUCUUGUCCACUGAUAUCCUGGACCCUGAUGCAGUCCAUGGGCCAGCUGCUGCUGCCAGAUUCUCUCACAUUUUGCAAAAGGACGCCUUCCUUGUGUUCAGGUCUCUCUGUAAGCUCUCAAUGAAGCCACUCUCUGAUGGGCCUCCCGACCCAAAGUCCCAUGAGCUGCGCUCGAAGGUCGUGUCCCUCCAGCUUCUCCUGUCGGUGCUGCAGAGCGCCGGGCCGGUUUUCAGAACACAUGAGAUGUUUGUGAACGCGAUCAAGCAGUAUCUGUGCGUGGCCUUGUCCAAAAACGGGGUCUCCUCUGUGCCAGAUGUGUUUGAGCUGUCCUUAGCCAUUUUCCUAACUCUCCUUUCAAACUUCAAGAUUCAUCUAAAGAUGCAAAUAGAGGUCUUCUUCAGAGAGAUCUUCCUAACCAUACUGGAGACGACUUCAAGUUCAUUUGAACACAAGUGGAUGGUCAUUCAGACCCUAACUAGGAUCUGUGCAGAUGCCCAGUGUGUUGUUGAUAUUUAUGUAAACUAUGAUUGUGAUUUAAAUGCUGCUAACAUCUUUGAACGACUUGUGAAUGAUCUGUCAAAAAUUGCUCAGGGCAGAAGUGGGCAUGAGCUUGGAAUGACUCCUCUUCAGGAAUUAAGCUUGCGGAAGAAGGGUCUUGAGUGCUUAGUUUCUAUACUGAAGUGUAUGGUGGAGUGGAGUAAAGACGUCUAUGUAAACCCCAAUCUUCAGGCCAAUCUUGGCCAGGAGAAGCCCCCCGAGCAGGAGAGCACAGAGAGUAAAAUCCUGGAAGUGCUGGCCAGGAGGGACAGUGCCAGCUCCCUGGACUCCACGGUGUCCUCGGGCAUCGGCAGCACCAGCCAGGCCUCCCUGGCAGACGAUCCCGAGCAGUACGAGGUCAUCAAGCAGCAGAAGGAGAUCAUAGAGCAUGGCAUUGAACUGUUUAAUAAGAAACCAAAGAGAGGUGUACAGUAUCUACAGGAGCAGGGCAUGCUGGGAGUCACACCAGAAGACAUUGCCCAGUUCCUUCACCAGGAAGAACGACUAGACACAACCCAGGUGGGAGAAUUCCUCGGAGAGAAUAUCAAGUUCAACAAGGAGGUCAUGUACUCCUAUGUGGACCAGCUCGAUUUCUGUGGCAAGGAUUUCGUGUCGGCUCUGAGGAUGUUCCUUGAGGGUUUUCGUCUCCCAGGAGAAGCUCAGAAAAUAGACAGACUGAUGGAGAAAUUUGCUGCGAGAUAUCUAGAGUGCAAUCAGGGGCAGACCCUAUUUGCGAGUGCAGAUACUGCUUACGUGCUGGCUUAUUCCAUCAUCAUGCUCACCACUGACCUGCACAGUCCCCAGGUGAAAAAUAAAAUGACCAAGGAGCAGUACAUCAAAAUGAACCGAGGAAUUAAUGACAGCAAAGACCUCCCAGAGGAGAACCUGUCUGCUAUCUACGAUGAAAUAGCCGGCAAGAAAAUAGCACUGAAGGAUUCCAAAGAGCAUUCCAUCACGCCGAAGAACAGCAAGCAGAAUGUUCCAACUGAGAAGCAGAGGAGGCUGCUGUACAACCUGGAGAUGGAACAAAUGGCCAAAACAGCCAAAGCUCUGAUGGAAGCAGUAAGCCAUGCACAGGCUCCGUUCACCAGCGCAACUCACCUGGAGCACGUCCGGCCCAUGUUCAAGCUGGCCUGGACCCCGCUGCUGGCUGCCUUCAGCGUGGGGCUGCAGGACUGCGAUGAUCAGGAGGUCGCGUCGCUGUGUCUGGAAGGGAUUCGGUGUGCUAUUCGGAUAGCUUGUAUAUUCAGCAUGCAGCUUGAGAGAGAUGCCUAUGUGCAGGCUCUGGCUCGCUUCACACUGCUCACAGCCAGUUCCAGCAUCACAGAGAUGAAGCAGAAGAACAUAGACACCAUUAAAACACUGAUCACUGUGGCCCACACUGAUGGAAACUACCUGGGGAACUCCUGGCAUGAGAUUCUCAAGUGCAUCAGCCAGCUUGAAUUGGCUCAGCUAAUAGGAACUGGAGUGAAGACACGCUAUAUCUCUGGUGUCACGAGGGAGAGACAGGGCAGCAUCAGGGGCUUCCCUUCUGGAAGCGAGGACUUCAUGCCACUAGGGUUAGGCAAUUUAGUUGGAGGUGGACCUGACAAAAAGCAGAUGGCCAGUAUCCAGGAAUCGGUCGGAGAAACGAGCUCCCAGAGUGUGGUGGUUGCAGUGGACAGGAUAUUUACUGGAUCAACAAGACUUGAUGGAAACGCAAUUGUUGAUUUUGUGCGCUGGCUGUGUGCUGUCUCUAUGGAUGAGCUGGCUUCUCCUCACCAUCCUCGCAUGUUCAGCUUGCAGAAGAUUGUCGAGAUCUCCUAUUACAACAUGAACAGAAUCAGGCUGCAGUGGUCCAGAAUCUGGCAAGUGAUUGGAGAUCAUUUCAAUAAGGUUGGAUGUAACCCUAACGAAGAUGUUGCAAUCUUUGCCGUGGACUCGUUGAGGCAGCUGUCAAUGAAAUUCUUAGAAAAAGGAGAGCUGGCAAACUUUAGAUUCCAAAAGGAUUUCAUGAGGCCCUUUGAACACAUCAUGAAGAAAAAUAAAUCUCCAACGAUCCGUGACAUGGUGAUUCGCUGCAUUGCUCAAAUGGUAAACUCUCAGGCUGUGAACAUCCGUUCAGGCUGGAAGAAUAUCUUCUCAGUGUUUCACCAGGCAGCAUCGGACCACGACGAGACCAUCGUGGAACUGGCGUUCCAGACCACCGGCCACAUUGUCGUGAGCACCUUUCAGAAUCAUUUUGCAGCUGCAAUAGAUUCGUUCCAGGAUGCAGUGAAAUGUCUGUCUGAGUUUGUCUGCAAUGCUGCAUUCCCGGACACCAGCAUGGAGGCAAUCCGACUGAUCCGACACUGUGCUAAAUACGUGUCAGAAAGACCGCAGGCACUGAGAGAAUACACCAGUGAUGAUAUGAAUGUAGCACCAGGAGACAGAAUCUGGGUGCGAGGAUGGUUUCCAGUCCUCUUUGAACUCUCCUGUAUUAUAAACCGCUGCAAGCUAGAUAUUCGAACAAGGGGCCUUACUGUAAUGUUUGAGAUUAUGAAGAGCUACGGACACACUUUUGAGAAACACUGGUGGGAAGAUCUCUUCAGGAUUGUGUUCAGGAUCUUUGACAAUAUGAAGCUUCCUGAGCAGCAAACCGAGAAGACAGAAUGGAUGACAACAACCUGUAACCACGCACUGUAUGCUAUCUGUGAUGUUUUUACUCAUUUCUAUGAGCCGUUAAGCGAUAUCCUCCUUGCUGAUGUAUUUGCACAGUUGCAGUGGUGUGUAAAACAAGAUAAUGAACAGCUUGCCCGAUCAGGUACCAAUUGUUUAGAAAACCUGGUGAUUCUGAAUGGAGAGAAAUUCAGCCCAGGUGUGUGGGAUCAGACCUGCACCUGCAUGCUUGAAAUCUUCAAGACCACGAUCCCGCAUACCCUGUUAACCUGGAGACCUGCAGGACAAGAGGAGGAGCUAGUGGAUAGACACACUGACGUGGAAAUAGACCGUCAGUCUCUGUGCAGUUUCGACAGAAAUCCUUCAGAAAGAGGUCAGAGUCAGGUCUCGAAUGCCAGUGAUGAAACCUGGAAAGGAAAAUCAUAUGCAAAAAUCGCAGAUAACAAGCUGUUUUCUGGCCUCCUCAUCAAAUGCGUUGUGCAGCUGGAGCUGAUACAGACCAUUGACAACAUUGUCUUCUACCCAGCAACCAGCAAGAAGGAGGACGCAGAACACAUGGCAGCUGCUCAGAGGGAUGCUCUUGAUGCAGACGUUUACAUUGACUCACAGGUUCAAGGCAUGUACAGGUACAUGUCCUCUCCACACCUCUUCAAACUGCUGGACAGCCUCUUGGAGUCUCAUACCUUCGCAAAGGCAUUCAACUCCAAUAGCGAACAGAGGACUGCGCUUUGGAGAGCAGGUUUCAAAGGGAAAUCCAAGCCCAAUCUAUUGAAACAGGAGACUAGUAGCCUGGCUUGCUGUUUGCGUAUUCUGUUCCGAAUGUACAUGGAUGAAAAUCUCAAGGAUUCAUGGAAGGACAUACAAACUCGCCUCCUUAGUGUGUGCAGUGAAGCUCUAUCGUACUUCAUCACACUGACCUCUGAAAGCCACAGGGAGGCCUGGACCAACCUCCUGCUGCUGCUUCUCACCAAAACUCUAAAGAUGAACAAUGAAAAGUUCAAAGAGCACGCCUCUUGCUACUACCCCUACCUGUGUGAAGUCAUGCAGUUUGACCUGAUCCCUGAGUUACGAACAGUCCUCCGGAGGUUCUUCCUGCGUAUCGGGCUUGUGUUUAAGAUCUCUGCAGCAGACGGGCAGCACAGGGUAGCUGGGACUUAGCAAGGCACAGAAGCGGUUUGCCUGCAUGGGGGAACGCCAAACCUGGAUUCUCUUUUCCGUUCGAGAGAAAUUGGCUACGGUCUAGACUGUGAAUUUGAAACUCUCCAGACCCUGAGUAGUCUUGAGAGAUCCAGCUAACAAGCCUUGGUUUCCCCACUCCCCUUACCAAAUACUUUUAAAAAUCUCCAAAAGCAGACUGCUUAUUAUGCUAGCUUUAAGUUGUUGAAACAUGUAAUUUAUUUAUUAUUAUAACCAUUUGACAGCAUUGAAAAUUGAUGUAAUUAAAUACAGGAGGAUACCAAAUUAAAGAGAAAACAAACCUCUUUUUUUCCUCCCAGCGUUUUGCAGUCUAUAACACAACAGUGAAAGCCUGAGAGUAGUAAUGACCACGGGUUACAUAGAGAAGGAAUGCAGAACAGUAGAAAAACCCAAUGCCUAUACAUAAUAUUCAUAAUAAUGCAUUUCUUUGACAUUUUGUCCUCGAGGGUUCUUUAAACAUACAUUUUGAUUUAUUUUAAAGGUUUGAGGUUUUGUUUGCUUCAAAAAAGAAGACCCUUGUGAUCCUGUAGUUAUAAUUAUAAUAAUAAUUUUAAAAAAUCAAUGUACUGUAUAUUGGAUUUAUCAUGGAUUCCAAAAUAAAAGAAAAUCUAUCUGUUGAAAUGGGUUGUAAUAACCAUUCUCUGGGAUAUUGCUAAACUAGAAAUAACACUUUGGUGAACAUCCACCUUUUUCAAAGGACUUGCUUUUCCCACUCUGUGACAACUUUUUGGAAGAACACUGUCAAAGAUGCAUAGAAUGCAUCAGAGCAUAUGCAUCAGCGUACUCCUGCUAGGCUUAUAUGGCAGAUUUUGCAGCUUGCAUUUUAAAGAAAGCACUGUGCUGGUUGCAUGGGGUGGGAAGGAUUAUUCAUGGAUUGGAAGUGCUUUGCAAAAAAACUGUUGUUGCUGUUUUUGAAAAUUCACACUCAUUGGAGAUAAGUAAAGAACUGGAGUUCUGUGUAAAAAAAAAAAAAAAAAAAAAAACCUAAACUAAACAAACAUAGUUGAGUAAGUUUGUGCUGUGCUUCUUUUUAUUUAAAUCUAUGUCGAAACAAACUUAACCAGAGACCACGAGAAGGUGGUUAGUUAUUUGUUACAGGAGGUGAAACAGCAUUGUACUUACUUCCAUUCCAUGUUCCAUGCGUUUUGUUGAAUAGACAUGCCACUUGCAUUCAUAAAGAACGUUCUAUAAAGUACUGUUUUAUUUUACAUUUUUAUUGAACCUAAUCUUUCCUAAAGUGUCUUCCAAAACACAGAAGCUGAUAGUUUUUUUUAUACCCUGUAGUAUCCCCAAAGUUAUGCUACUAUAAAAUACCUGAUGAAAACAACUAUUGGAUAUGCAUUCUUUGUAUGCAAUUGUCCUGGGUUCUGUACCUCAAGUAUUAAGCUGUGUUAGUUUUUCCCAUAGCUCCUCCUGUAAGCAAACAUGCUGUCCAAUGCGAAGGUGUUGAUUUGAUUCAUCUAUGCUAUGCCAGGAUAAGCCACAGCUGGAUUUUAAGAUCAUUUUGUUGCAAUGAUUUUUAGGGGGUAAUCCUGGGAUAACCACAGAUAGGUAUUUUGUCCUGGCAUAGUAAAGAUUUAUCAACGCCACCUCCUAAGUUCUCAAGUAUUGUCUUUGAUUUCCCUUUUCCAGAAGUUCCGUACAAUUGUGCACAUCACCCACAGCUUCUCCAUGCAACUACUGGAGCAACUGAAUUCAGAAUAAUUGCAGUCAUAAACCAAUGUCAGGAAAUAAUAAAGAAAAAUAAAAAAUAAAUUAAAAAAACACUAUAUUAAAGUGGCUCUUUAUGACAUGUUCUCGUGAUUAGCAGGAACGUCACUGUGGGUCCAUUAGUCAAUAUGAAAAGUGAUUUUAACACAUAUAACGUGUUUUCAGUGUCACUUUUAUUCCAUAAAGUGCCUUGGAAAUGUGGGUCCUGUCAUGUUUUGGUAAUCUGGUAUGUGAGAGUGUUCCAUUCCGUGUGUGUAUGUUGCUUCAUUAAAGAAACCUUCACCUUUUAGAUUUAUUUUAGAUUUUAACAUGAAGUCUUGAAACAGAUGGGUAAAAUGAAUACACCCGUAUUUAUUAAAAUUGUUUUUUUAUUGAUUGCCUUCCUUUGAUCAAGCGUAAAUAAAAACACUUUUCUGCAGUUUGUCACA